AAAGCAGUAAAUUAGUUUGGAAAGUAAUCAAGUAAUUAGUUUGAUUGAAUAGAUGGCUAGGUACGAUUACAAUAUAGGAUUCAUUCUCCCUCGCACGGUGAAAUUGAAAUUUACCACACAUUAAAUAUUUUGAUGAUAAGGGAUGCUGAUAUCAUCGAUGGUGGAGUGUCGACAACAAUAAUGAUGGCUCUUAUUUCGGCGUUUACAUGGUUAAUGAUGGUGUCGAUGAUGAUGACGAUGAUGAUGUCGUGGAUAAUCGCUGCGUCUGUGGGCAAUAAUCCCAGUCAGUGUUUGCUACCAUGUCCGAAAAUCAACUCAACAUCAGGAGACACCAUUCAACUAAUCCCUAAACAUCUUUUCCAGAAAAAUGAGAGUAACCACGUCACACUGUUUGGAUCAUCUACAUUGAUGUUGUUCUGCAAAAUUCCGAAUUGUCUGUCAUCACCAUGUAAAAAUCAAGGUACAUGUUUAGAGACGGAUUAUUCUUACGAGUGUUUGUGCACUGAAGGAUAUUGUGGAGAUAACUGUGAGCGUCGAGUGAGAUUAUGUGCUGAUCUGAAGGAACCCAAUUCAACAGGAACGUUUCGUAUUGAUCCAGACGGUCAAAAUGGAAACAUUUCUGAUUUCGUGCAAGUUGAAUGUCGAAAUGGCGUAACCGUCAUUCCCCACGACAUUAUCGGCGAACAAGCCGUCCCUCGAGGCUAUGAAAGACUAGGAUCGUACCAACGGAAUGUGGUAUACACCCUACCUUUGGAUAUCAUUGUGGCGAUCAUUAACAACGCCAGGAGCUGUAGGCAAUAUGUCAGGGCAACCUGCAACAACGUCUUCAUCGUGAAGGGAAAUAGACAAAAUAUUUACUGGAUCUCUAGACAAGGCACCAUCAUGAGGAAUUGGGGAGAUGCACCAAGCCAUGUUCGUGGAUGUAUUUGUGGCUUAAAUAAUACUUGUUACAACACAGGAUCAUAUUGCAAUUGUGAUGAUUCCGUUGGCAAUAGUGCACCAUUAACAGACGAAGGUUUCCUGACGGACAGAACACGACUUCCGGUCAUCAGAUUACAUUUCGGCGACACCGGAGGACCUGACGAAAAGAUUUAUUAUGAACUUGGAUUUCUCGAAUGUGAAUGAGGAUUCAGUCCGAUCAUCAGAAUAUGACGGGAUAUGGUUAUCAUUUUGACAAAUAAAAUUAUCAAAUUAUUCGAAUAUACAGUAUUAAAUUCAAUUGUGAAAAGGAUCGUUGUCAUUGAUAUUGUCUUGAAGAUGGCCUACUGUAUAAUCGACGAGUUAUUAUGUUACAAGUGACUUAUUGAAAAUGUAUUGAAACAUAGCAGCCUCAGUUGGAAUAACACUGAAAUCGCACUCGUAUACAAUUUCUGACGUCUUUUGCCUCAAAAUGGUCAAUUAUUUUAAAAAUUAUUUUACUUUCUUAUGCGAAACCCUCCGUCUCUGGGGCCCUCUUCUAUUUGUAAUACACGUGUAACAGUAUUACACAUUUUUCGUUUCAUUGGAGAGCAUUUAUCAAAAUUUUGUUGCAUGAUUGACACUUUCCACGAUUGUGAUUGGCUGAGAAGCACUGUUACUAUGGCAGCUGUCGAAUAAAACGUCCUACAAGUGUUUUUGUGAAACAUGAAUAACUUCUCAUUAAUACAUUUUACCUCCUUGAACCCCAGAAAGUCAGGAUAAAGGGAAGCGCUUUUUUUAUUUACUUUUCCAUCAAGUGUGAUUAUUCAAUAUCAUAUACAAAGCCGGAGAGGAAAAAUUCAGAAUUUGAAGGAGGGCCCGGGUUAAGUGUAACAAUUUGAUUCCAAUAUUUCUGACUGAAAUCAUUUCUGAGAUAUGUGUGUUACAACCGAAAGAUACCUGAAGAAGUAUAUUCUGCAUCAUAACCACUCCCCUAUUUUUAGUUGUAUAACUUUAAGAAUACUUCAGAGCUCUCAAGCUAUGGCUCUAGGUUUCUGUAGGAUUGGGCAAACAAAGUAUUACCAUGAAGAAUUGAGAAUAUGCACCAUGUUCGUGGAUGUGGGAUUGAUAAAAGAAUGAAAUUAACAGGACAAUAAUAUUCAUUUGUGCACUUAUAAACAUCUAUCCUCGUGAAUAUAUAGAUUUCAUUUAGUAAUUUUAUAUCGUUAUGAAGUUAUAGGUUUGUCGAUGCUUUUGGACAUUUUUUUCUCUCUGAGUUACGAAGAAUGAUUUUCAUAGUUUAACUCAAAUCUGUUUUUAAUGCUUUCUAAUUUAUGAUAUUUUGUUUAAAGGCUGAAAAUAAUCUGAU